UCGGGUCGCACGUGUCGGUUGCGGUCGCGGUCGCGGUCAGGGUCAGGGCCAUUGGAGGGCCAUUACACCGGAACCAACAGAAGCCAUUGGCUGUAAGGUGUUGGCUGGCUAACAUUGCCAACCUCCUCGAGACUCUCUGUCGAAUUCCUUGUUUGCCCUUUCUCCUCAUAUUCCAUCCAGCCCUCCAGUCACAAACAACACCGCCCGUCAAUCCACCUUCGUCAUGUGUCCGGUCCAUCGUGACAGCAUCACCCACAAUAGUCUUGGCUUUGACGGACCGGAGCGAAAACCCGGCUAGCGCACUGAUAGCGCCGAUAGUCUUUUUGACCGCCCCUGGCCACGGGUAGCGUUGUCAGAGGACUCCACCGGUUGCUUGGGAGUCCAGCGGGUAAUUAUUCAUUCCAUUUGGAGUUGAUCAAUAUACUACAGACAGCAGGCCUGGGAACAUCGCUGAAGCCAUCGCCGGUCCGUGUCAGAGCCUGUCAAACACCCACUCACCUCAAUCCAUGCGCUUUUCUGCCGCGCCCGGGGAACCUCCUUGCCCAACACUCGCCUCUUUUUCCACCCUCAAGGACACCUGCACUUGUCAUCCCGAUCCAAAAACGCGGUAGCGACUAUGCUGCUACGAGUAGCAUUUGCGUUGUCGUCCCCGUUACCACCACCACCACACUGUUACCGCCUUCCACCUGUUCCCGUAUAAACCUGGCAUGGCAACAAGCCCCUACCCAAACUCCGAUCCGCCGCAGCCUCCCCCGCCGCCGAGAGACACAGACACAGACACAGGCACAGGCACGGGAACAGGCACAGGCACUGACGACACUACUGAUAAUACUAUGGGCAUCGUCGACGUCGUCGGGUCCUCGCCGCCGGGCGAUGACAUCCGGUGCUGCUGCGGGAGAGAAGACUGUGUGUAUCUGAGACACAACUGCUCGGUGCUCCUGAGCGUCGAGCGGGAUGUCCACGCGGCAGCCAAGAUGGGGCAGACGCUCCUCGCCCGCCACGAAGCGUACAUGGCCUCUGCAGAGAGGGACAGAGCCGAGCUCAACGCCCGAAUUGAACAGCUCGAAGCCGAAAACGCUGAACUCGAACGAAAAAACCGCGAGGUCAACCACGACAACCACAAUCUACGAGACGAGUUGGACCACCUGAACGAUACUGUCAAGGAUGCAGACACAAAGAUAGAAUUUUUGGAAAGGACGCUACGAGAUGCACAGCGCGAGGUGCGACGGCUCGAAAGCGCAGCGCAACGAGCGGCCAGUCUGGAGAGGCAGAUUGAACUGUUGGAGGAGGAACAAGCCACGCUACAGGCCGCCGUCAUCACCACGAAAGAUGAGGCGCGGACGGCCAUACACCGUUGGAAACAAGCUGAGAAGGGGCUCAGUGACUUGCAAGCACAGUUGGAACGAAUGGAGAAAGAGGCGAGGGAGGAUCGAGAACGACAUGUUGAAGUCAUCAGUCGCAUGGAAAGGCAGCGUCUCAUGGAGAAGGAGCUCAACACAGCAGCUGGGAGACUCAAGGGCGCCGCCGCGGUAAGGUCAAUGACUGAUAGUAAGAACAGCGGCAACGUCGUGUCUCACUUUGUGCGCGACCUCUUGCAGGACAACGCCAACCUGCAGCUGGGAAUGGCUGAACUCCGCGAGAUGCUGGUCAACUCCAACGACGAGAUUCAGAUGUUGCGGGAGCAGCUGCUGUGUCACCAGCCAGCACCACUGCCAAACGAUUUCGAGAGAGAACCCGAGACACCUGCGGAAGAAACGCCACAAGCCGGCACCUCGCCCCAGUCACUCCGGGCCGAGCUGGAGGGACACGAGCAGCCACCGCCUCGAGUCACGCAGCAAUUACAUAUUCACCACCAUUACCACGUCACCCACAAGCAGGAACUCAAGAGGAUGAGAAAGAAGCGACAAGGGAUAUCAUCUGGUACCUUCACUCCACCCAAGAUGUAUUCUGCCCCUUCAUCACCCGUCACAUCGUCCAUAAUAUGGCAUCGGGGUCCCGUGAAUGGGAACCAUGAGCCACCAACACCUUCAGAACACCAUUGGUCUCGACAAGAUGACGAGAACCCAUCAGAGUUUGGACAUUCGUCAGAGAUCAGCUCCCCACGGUCGUCCAACAACCGCAAUUCCGUAUUCGACCGCAUGGUGGACGUUUCUUACCCCACAUCGCCCACGACAAGCCUGGAUCCAACAUCACCAGCAUGGAAGACCGCGCAUCGAAAGAGAACCUCGGAGUGGUCCAUGUUUCCGAUUGACGCAUCCUCUACUUGGAACGGCCCGCCACCAACCAAUCCACACCCACUAACCAACUUUGUCCGUUGCGGCGAGCGCUCUCCCAGCACUCCGAGACGCGUCCAAGAUGACGGGACACAGACCUACUCCGACGCCGGCAGCACAGACGCAGGGGAUCUCAUCUCGCCACACUCCAAACACUUUGAUUCGCAAGUAUUACAACGCCCGGGUGGCAGGUUACGCCGUGUGACCUCGCAGGAAUCCAUCAUGUCCUUGUCCAACGGGAUGGAUAUUCACACGCUGCAGGCGCGACCGAGUCAGCUGGCGUUGAAGCCCCUGGGUUUGAGCGCUGCGGGGACGAAUCUCAGCGAGGUUAUUGCUUCACCUACCCUGACGAGUGGGAGCAGUGAUGGGAAGAGGGGAAGCGUCUUUUUGAUGGGUAACCUCGCGAAUCAGGUGAGGCAACCUGCCAAUCGGACCGUGUCGACGCCUACACGGUCGGGCAACGAACGAUUGCAUCCAGGGAUCAGGAGGACGCCUUCUGCGUUGGGGCGGUUGGUUUCAUGGAGGCCGUGGGGGGGGAACACUGCGCCUACGUCUCCUGUUGCGACGCCACCACCACCACCGCCGCCUACUUUGAUUGCGACUUCUACGGCGAUUCCGGCGUUUGGGCUUGCGGUGACGAGCCCAACGGUUUCGGUUUCUAGUGUGCCCAAGAGUCCCGAGGGGAGCGUGAGUUCUUCGGGGACUUUUAGGGGCACGGGGAUCAACCAGAAGGGGGUGAUUCCGGGGUUUAAUGAGUAUUGGGCUAAGCAUCAGGUUUUGAGGCGGCCGACGAGCAAGGUUUGCUUGGAGGGGGACAGGUUGGGGGCUGUGGAGGAGGGGUUGAGGGAGGCGUUGGAGCCGAUGGUGGAGGAAUGA